UAGGUUAGGCAUCACACACCUUUCCUUCCAUUUCCAUGAAAGUUUCUCCGAAGUGUUUGAAUGAGGAUACAAUCUCACGGGCAGUGAUAACAUCUGCUUGAAGAGUAGUCGAGAACUUGUCAAGUUCUCUCGCCUCUGAAUCUAAAAUUCCCGAUAAUAGAUCAAAUUCCACGCUUGAGGAAGACCAGAUCUCGGUGGGAAGGCCGGAACCUUUCCCGUCGCCGUCGAGAAGAGCAGCAGAGCAGAGGCUAUCUCAGACAAAUCGAGAUGCUAGGGCUUUCGGAACAUCUUUCAGACCACAGACAUGGGAACAAAAUGCUACGAAGAUGAAUCACGGUGUACGAGGAGCCGGAACUUGAGAUAUGAUGAUAGUUGUACUGGCAUUGAUUCUGGGGGUCUUGUUGGGAUUUCUGUUUUUGAUCCCACGAGACCGUAAAUCUGGUAGUAUGAAAAAGGUUGAGUCAAAUGCUAGCAAUAAGAAGGCAUCCAGCAUCUACAGUAAAUCUGAAGUCUCGUUGCAUAACAAGAAAACUGAUUGCUGGAUCAUCAUCAAGGACAAGGUUUAUGAUGUUACCUCAUACGUAGAGGAACAUCCAGGUGGUGAGGCCAUCUUAGCACAUGCCGGUGAUGAUUCAACUGAAGGUUUUUACGGGCCACAGCAUGCUACCCGAGUAUUUGACAUGAUCGAUGAUUUUUACAUUGGAGAUCUGGAGCGGUAAUCAAUCACAGCCAUCAGUUUGUGAUUUACAAGAAAAAUGUGCUUCCGAAAAUAUCAUUGUUCUGUUCCCCAUUCCUGCCUUUAUGGAUGACUUCUACAUUGGAGAUCUGGAGCGGUAAUUAAUUACAGCCAUCAGCCUGUCAAAUGGACAAGAGAGACGGUUUCUGCUUUUCAUUUAUGAGCAAAAAUUGGAGAUGUUUUAGUAAUUAAUUACAGCCAUUGAUUGGUAAGUUUGACAAGAUAAACGUACCUUCCAAAUCUGAUUUCUCUUUUGAUUUUCCUGCCUUAAACGCAACAGUCUUGUAUUGUGCACACUAAUUAUUCUCAGUUUCUUUAUUGAGUAAAUGCUCCAUCAAUUGCUUA